UUCGCGAUAUUUGGUUGACAGCCCCUUGACAGUCCUCCUUGUCAUCUUGAAAGUUUCCCAACCGGCAACUGAUCUGUCUUCAAGUCUUCGAGUCAUUGCUCCGAGACAAGCCCCGUCCCGAGUACCGACGACAUGGGUCUAUCUGACAGGAACUAAAACCGGUUUGUUUAAGUUUAUCGCCAACGUGCGCGAUAGAGCUGCCCCGUCGAAAUGCGAAGCAGAAGCAACUCGGGCGUGAAAUUGGACAACUAUGCACGCAUCGUGCACCAAACGAUACUUCGACACCAAGACCCGGUGACGGGCCUGCUGCCGGCCAGCGAGGAGCAGCCGGAUGCGUGGGUGCGGGACAACGUGUACAGCGUGCUGUCGGUGUGGGGGCUGAGCCUGGCCUACCGCAAGAACGCAGACCGCGACGAGGACAAGGCCAAGGCCUACGAGCUGGAGCAGAGUGUGGUGAAGUUGAUGAGGGGGAUCCUGCAGUGCAUCAUGAGGCAGCUGGACAAGGUGGAGAAGUUCAAGCACACCAAGAGCCCUCUGGACUGUGUCCACGCCAAGUACAACACCAGGACCUGUGCCACUGUCGUCGGGGACACCGAGUGGGGACAUCUGCAGGUCGACGCCACCUCCCUCUUCCUCCUCAUCCUCGCUCAGAUGACCGCCUCGGGUCUCCAUGUGGUCUAUACCCAGGACGAGGUGGACGUGAUCCAGAACCUCAUGUUCUACAUCGAGGCCGCGUACAAAGUGGCUGAUUAUGGGAUGUGGGAAAGAGGGGACAAGACCAACCAGGGUAUCAUCGAACUGAACGCCAGCUCUAUAGGCAUGGCUAAGGCGGCGCUAGAGGCCCUGGACGAACUCAACCUGUUCGGAGCCAAAGGAGGACCUGGCUCUGUGGUGCACGCCCUGGCUGACGACAUCCAGCACUGUCAGUCGAUCCUGUCGUCCAUGUUGCCGCUGGCGUCCAUGUCCAAGGAGGUGGACGCCGGUACGCUGGCCAUCCUGACCUACCCCGCCUUCGCUGUGGAGGACAUGGCUCUGGUCAACCUCACCAAGGAGGAGAUCAUCUCCAAACUACAGGGUCGGUAUGGAUGCUGCAGGUUUCUCAGGGACGGCCACAAAACUCCCAAAGAGGACCCCAGCCGCCUGUACUACGAGUCAGCGGAGCUCAAGCUGUUUGAGAACAUCGAGUGUGAGUGGCCCCUGUUCUGGACCUACCUCAUCCUGGACGGGAUCUUCACCAACAGCCCUGAACAGGUACAGGAGUACCAGGAGGCGCUGGAGGGGAUCCUGAUCAAGCAGAAGGACGGGAUCCCCCUGGUUCCGGAACUUUACAGCGUUCCACACGACAAGGUGGAGGAGGAGUAUGGGAGUCCUCACAGCGUGGAGAGGAUACCCCUGGGGAAGCUUCCUCUGAAAUGGGCCCAGUCUCUCUACGUCCUGGGGAACCUGCUGGCUGAGGGUUUCCUGGCCCCUGGAGAGAUCGACCCUCUGAACAGACGCUUCUCCACCAUUCCCAAACCGGACGUGGUCGUCCAGGUGGCGGUCCUGGCGGAGAGCGAGGACAUCAAGGCCCUGCUGCUGAAGGAGGGCAUCGAGGUGGAGACCGUAGCGGAUAUCCACCCCCUCCACGUCCAGCCCUCCAGGGUGCUCGGCCACAUCUACGCCCGCCUCGGUCGCAACAAGAGGCUGGGCCUGACGGGCCGGCCAUACCGCCGCAUCGGGGUCCUUGGGACCUCCAAGUUCUACAUCAUCAGGAACACCAUGUUCUCCUUCACCCCCCAGUUCAUAGACCACCAGCAGUUCUACCUGGCCCUGGACAACCAGAUGAUCGUGGAAAUGCUGCGCACGGACCUCUCCUACCUCUCCUCCCGCUGGAGGAUGACCGGCAGACCCACCGUCACCUUCCCCAUCUCUCAGAGCAUGCUCACCGAGGACCACAAAGCUCUGGACCCGGCAGUGUUGGCCAUGCUGAGGAAACUCCAGGAUGGAUACUAUGGAGGAGCCAGGGUGCAGACAGGCAAGCUCUCGGAUUUCCUGACCACUUCCUGUUUCGCCCACCUCAGCUUCCUGGAUGGUAAGGCUCCGGGAAACGGGCAGUGUUUCCCUGGCGACCCAGAGCAUGGUGGUGCUGAUGCUGGGGAGGAUGAUGACUUCAGAAGUUUGCAUGAGCUUCCUUAUGAUGACGACCCAGAGUCAGACGAGCUGUCCCAGUACCUGGACCAGCUCCUGGCCCACGCCGCGCCCCAGAAGCGCUCGCCAUCAGCCAAGGGGCUGGGCCGCUUCAAGGCCGCCGCCACCAAGACCAAGGACAUGGUGUCUCUGAUGAGCAAGGCCCAGGGCCUCAACAUACACAAUGCCAACAUGUAUGUUCCCAACAAGUUGUUUCACUCUGCUCAGCCUUCACUGCACCUCAACCUCUCUGAAAACCAAGAGCCGCAGGGGCCCAAGGUGGUGGUGACGGGGGCGGAGGGCGGUCCGGUGGACCACGAGGCGAUGGUCCAGCUGCUGAAGGACACCCACAACCUGCAGGACCAGGGGGACAUCCUCUACAUCCUGUUCAAGGACAAGGGCCUGGACUGGGACACGGGGCUCCAGGGGAAGGGCUCCACGGUGCGCUGCCUGCUGGGGGAGCUGUACCAGCGGGCCGGGGGGCAGCACCUCUGGGGCCUGGUGCGCUUGAUCUCCGGGAUGCUGCGGCAGAAGGUGGAGGAGCUGGACUGGGCGUGCUCCGAUCUGCUGGCUCACCAGAAGCACCUGACGGUGGGCCUUCCCCCGGAGCCCAGAGAGAAGACCAUCACCGCCCCCAUCCCCCUCGAGCAGCUCAGCCUCCUCAUCGAGGAGGCCAGCGACCAUAACAUCACCGUGGCCGUGCUCACCCAGGAGAUCAUAGUGUUCCUAGCGAUGAGCAUCCGCACCCACCCGGACCUCUUCGCGGAGAUGUUCCGUCUCCGCAUCGGCCUCAUCAUCCAGGUGAUGGCCACCGAGCUGGCCCAGUCGCUGAACUGUAACGAGGCGGAGGCUACAGAGAGUCUGAUGAGCCUGAGUCCCUCUGAGCUGAAGAACCUCCUCCACCACAUCCUGAGUGGGAAGGAGUUCGGAGUCCAGCGCAACAUGGGUGAGGUGGACACCGGAGUGAGUCCUGCCAUCUCCAUCCAUCUCCAUAGCAACGCAGGGGCGACCAAAAGUGAGCGAGCCGGCAUCAGCAAACUGAAGAGCGACAUGAAGAUGCUGGAACACAGACUGUCCCUGACAGACCCCAGUAAGAUCAACCACAGUUUCUCUUUAAGGGGGCCAAAUAAGAUGGACCACAGAUUGUCCCUGACGGAUGUUAUGAAGCUUGAGUACAAUUUGGAGUCACGCAAGAGUGCCCCCUCCCAGUCUCUGGGCGUUGAACAACCUGGGUGCCUCAGGAGGCCUUCCGCAGACAUGCCGGAUGUUCCUGAGAGUGUCCCGGUUGCUAGGGAUACCAGGCAUGGCCAAUGGCUGCGCAGGCGACGCCUCGACGGAGCGCUGAACCGCGUGCCCGUCGGCUUCUACAAGAAAGUCUGGAAGAUUCUGCAGAAGUGCCAUGGUCUGUCCAUAGAGGGAUACGUGCUUCCGUCCUCCACAACCAGAGAGAUGACGCCCGGGGAGAUCAAGUUCUCGGUGCACGUGGAGGCGCUGCUGAACCGCGUGCCGCAGCCCGAGUACCGCCAGCUGCUGGUGGAGGCCAUCCUGGUGCUCACCAUGCUGGCCGACGUGGACAUCCAGAGCAUCGGCUCCAUCGUGCACGUGGAGAAGAUCGUGCACCUCGCCAACGACAUGUUCUACAAGGAUCAGAUGGACCUGGGGGCUGAGGAGCAGAUGCUGGAGCGCGACCCGGCGAACGGCGUGUGCCGGCUGCUGUACGACAGCGCCCCUAGUGGCCGCUUCGGCACCAUGACCUACCUCACCAAGGCCGUGGCCACCUAUGUGCAGGACUUCCUGCCCGCCGGGGCCUGCGCCGUGCAGUGAGCACCGUGCGUGGGCUUGCACAGUGGAGCGUGGGCAGUGACGUGCACGUACGGUUAGACUUUGAAUCCGAAAGUAUUGGAUUUUCGUGAAUGGGGAUGCACAUGUGUGUGUGAAUACAGAAGUACGCACAACUACAACUGCGUGCAUAUAUACAUAAACACACACACACACACACACACACACACACACACACACACACACACACACACACACACACACACACACACACACACACACACACACACACACACACAGAGAGGGGGGGGGGGGGUGCAUACAAACACACACAGGUGAACACAAACACACAAAGCUAACAAACAGGAAAGUCCCUCCUGUCCAGUGCACUGUUAAACCAUCACCAGCCUUUGCCCCUAGAGGGCGCCAUGCUCAAGACAGCUUUACAAAGAGAUGGAUGCAAUCCUUGACGUGUUUGUUGUAGCUUCUUAAAGAAGGGAAUAUCAAGAGACAAAAAUGUAUACAAAUUAUGAUAGAAUAAUUUUAGGUUUGAAAAUACUGUUACAUAAUGGCUGAUUGACUGACUGAUGAGAUUUUAAAUCCUAGUACUGUUUACUGUUAAGCGUCAUUAACCUCACUAUACAAGAGAUUUUACGUGAAAAAUCCUUAAGCUGUCCUUUAUUAAGUUAACUUUUCUGUUGAAUGUAUAAAAUAAUCGCAAAACUAUUGCUUGAUUCAUUGUUUUAAUGAAGCGAUUAUGUCUUUUUAGUAUGAGUUUCUUAUUGCUGUAAAAUUAUUGCAUGUUUCCGAGCCAUUGAUGGUAAAAGAGAUAUGUUAAUGGUGAACCAGAAUAGUGUAACUGUAUUUGGAAUAAGUCGAUUUAACUUAAAUGCUUAAAAUUGUGUUCCUUUUUAAAAGGAAUUGAGUUAAAUGUAGGCCUACAUUGUUUGAACUUACCUUUUGUUUAGGUCAGUUAGUGAAAUGCAUGGAAAAUAUUCAUAGUCAUAGGGGCUAUCCUGCUGUUUAGAGGUCUCCUGUUUGACAACAAAUAGUUUGGUUGACCGUUACGAGUAUUUUCGAAAUCUAUCCAAUUGUGACAUCACAAGAAGGAGUGUUGUUCGCAGAUCCUGUGAUUUACGUGUCAGCUCGAGCCUACUAGUUGAUACAGCAGAUGUCACACAGGGAUUGUUUUUUAAAAAGCUUGGUACGGCCCGUCAACACCUUGUGCUUAAAUAGUACAUUUUUUUAAAUAUUUUAGAAAUACAUUUUAAUUAACCAGGUUUUUGAAAUUUGAUGAUACACCAUAUGAUGAAAAAUAACAAUGUUCAUGAAAUGAUCGAUGGAAUUACAUAUUGAAUGUAAAUUCAUGUUAUUCUAGGCACACAUCAUACUUUUGGUAAUUGUAAGACUCAAACUAUUUAAAGUAAUAUAAACAACA